CAGGUAUAUAACGGACGGACGCCUAAUAACGGCCAGUGGCGACAGCCGAUGAGUAUCGUGAGGUGAAAUGUUCCUUAGACCGGUGGCGGCGCUAGUGGUGGUGGCGGCGGCGGGGGUCAUCGCCGAGGCCUCACUCCUGUCCACAUACACUCCCCCGGGAGGCUACAGCUACCAGCCCCCGGUAGCGUACAGCGCCCCCGAGCACCGCGGCUACGACUACACGCCACCCAAGACCUACGACGACAAGGAUGAUGACUACGACUACAGCCCCCCGAAAUACAGCCCUCCGAAGUACAGCCCCCCGAAAUACAGCCCCCCGAAGUACAGUGCCCCAACAUAUAGCCCCUCGAAAGGCUACGACUACUCUCCCCCCAAAUACGAUUACUCCCAUCCUACAGGCUACGAUUACUCCCCGCCCAGCGGCUACGCGUACCAUUCGCCUCACGGCAGGUACGGCGGCGGCGGGUACUCCUACGCCCCUCCCAUCGGGUACUCAUACUCCCACCCAAGCUACAGUGCUCCCAGGUACCAUUACACAGCUCCCAGCUAUGGCUACAGUGUUCCUGGGUAUGGUUACAGUGCCCCUGGGUAUAGCUACAGCUACCCCGGGUAUGGCUACGGCUCCACCAGCAGGUACGGGCACGGUGGGUACGGCGUCGUCCUGAACGAGUACAGGUUCCUGGGAAGGCUACCGAGGUACGGGCACGGCGGUUACAGGAGCGGGCAUGGAGGAGGGUACGGCUACGGUCACGGUGGCUACGGUGGCUAUGGUGGCUAUGGCGGCUAUGGCGGCUAUGGCGGCUAUGGCUACUGAGGCUGUGGGCAGGAGGAUGAGCCAGCACUGAAGACACAGGUGACUGGCGCCCUCCACACACCUGUCCCGCCUCAGGUCACCUCUGAUUAUAGUUAUUUAUUUACGUAUAUAUUUAUUUACUUAAUGACUUGAUUAUUUAUUUAUUUCCUCGUUAUUUAUCUUCCUUUUUCUUUUUCUCUUUUUGUCCAGCUUUUAUACUCGUAAUGUCUGCCUUCUUAUCCCAUGGACUAUAUUCUAAGGCGAGGGAGGAAAACAGAGAUCUUGACCUGUUAACCCGUCCGCUGUGAUUGGCACGGAUUUGGCCUUCACUGGUAGCCUGGUAACAUAUAGUCCCAGGUCUUUCUCUGCCUCUGUGGUGGAUAGUGGAGUGUUUCCCAUGUGGUAUUGGUAUGCUGGACUUCCCCUCCUAAGUUAUAUUGCUUUACACUUUUCUUCAUUGAGUUGUAGCAGACACUUUUUGUUCCAUCUCUGUAGCUUGGUGAGGUCUUCUUGUAGGAAAUCCGCAGUCAAGGGGCAAGUUGUCCAUCUUUCAUUUCCUUCCUACCAUUUCUUUUCACGUUUUCCUGUUAUUCACGCCCUGCUCUUUUCCUUUCUUCAGUACGUCUUCAUCCAGUUGUCCAUCUUUCAUUUCCUUCCUACCAUCUCUUUUCACGUUUUCCUGUUAUUCACGCCCUGCUCUUUUUCUUUCUUCAGUACGUCUUCACUUAGUUUUUCCAUCUUUCACCCUCAUACUACUUUCUCGUUCCCUCGACUUCAUCUCCAAGCAAGGUAGGAAGCAAGACGGCUUACCGAUGCCACGCUCUUGACUACAUGGGUUGAAGACUGUUCCUGUGCGCUGCCAAUCGAUUCACACUAAGAACCCUUCCCCAAAUCGACCCUCGUUCCCAGACAUCGAGAGAGGAAACGAGAAAUACUGAAGCUCAUCCGGGAAUUUCAAUAAAGAAGAGGGUAACAAAAUAUCCAAAAAUAACAAAAGUAUAAAUUAAUAAAAACAAUCUGGGUAACAUAUACAGAACACAACACAAUCCUUACUUUUCACAUCACAUUCUAAAACUAGCAACCGCACCUACGCAACGCUCGGUCUUCUACGAUUGCAAAAGGAGAUAUUAUUUUUAUUAUGUAUAUAUAGUGAGGUCUAUCCAGGACGCUAAUACGAAGAGAGUUGAGCAGAACCGACGAAAGAACACACCACACACCUGUUACCCAUUACAACACAUCCUGGAG